AUGUGGCUCAGUGCUCUCUCCAAUAACUCUCUCCUGAUUCUGUUUGAAGGUGGAGCUAUUGAUCUGAAGCUGAUCAACGGAAGCAACCCAUGUGCUGGGAGAGCGAUGAUUAAGAUUGGUGAACUGAGUCUCAUUCUGUGUUCUACUGUCUCACCUAUGAAACAUGCUGCAGUAGCUUGCAGACACUUGGGAUGUGGUUCUUCAGUUAGUGUUCAUAGCUCUGCCCACUUUGGAGAAGAUUCCACACCAUACUUGGUGGUAGGAGAUGUUUGUCAUGGGAGUGAGUCAACAAUCUGGGACUGCAGAUUUGAAACCCAGACUAUAAAGUCAACAUGCUCUCAUCCUUUCAUUGCUGGAGUGACCUGCUCAGGCUACUCACAGCCUCGGCUGGUGGGAGGAGACAAUCCCUGCUCAGGACGUGUGGAAAUAAGACAUGGUGAAACAUGGGCUACACUCUGUGAUGCACACUUUGAUAUCAAAGCUGCCAGUGUUAUCUGUAAUGAAUUAGAGUGUGGAAGAGCUUUAUCUACCCCAGGAGGAGCUCAUUUUGGAGAAGGACAUGGGCUGAUCUGGACUGAAGAGUUGCAGUGUGUGGGGAAUGAGUCACACCUUGCGUACUGUCCCAGGAUAUCACAUGUAAAUCAGACGUGCUCACACGCAAAUGAUGCCAGUGCCAUAUGUUCACGGCACACAGGGCUCCAGCUGGUGAACGGCAGCACAGUGUGCUCAGGGAGGGUGGAGAUCAAGGUUCGUGAUGCCUGGGGAACUGUCUGUGACUCACACUGGGAUCUAUCAGAUGCCAACGUUCUCUGUCAUCAGCUCAACUGUGGGUUUGCUGUAUCAGCUCCAGGAGGAGGGUAUUUUGGGAAAGGAACAGGCUUUGUCUGGACAGACACAUUUCACUGUAAAGGGACUGAACCCCAUUUGGGCCUUUGCCCUGUCACUGCCCUAGGGGCAUCUCCGUGUUCACAUGACAAUGAUGCUAGUUAA